AUGGCAAGACGACGCCAGGACAAAACGCCCUCGAGCAUCAAACUCCAGCAACCCGACCGGUCCGGCCCAACUGAAAAGACGCUGUUGGAGCUCGCCGAUGAGAGGGGCUUGUUUGAGCAGGCGCAGAAGCGUGAGAGGGAGAUUAGAAAAGAGGCCGCUCCGAUACCCAUCCCGAGGGCGCAGAAAAUUAAAACAGGGGAUGCGAAAAGGGAGACGGAUGACGAUGACGAGACAGGCUUUUCACCCGGUGUCGAGCGCGUAUUCGAGACAGUGCUGUGGUCUGUCAGCCUAGCUACAUUGCACUUCACCUUUGAUGUCCUCGUUCAGCACCAAUACAACGUCGAUAGUGUGGUGUGGCCCAAGGUCUGGGCGAGAUUUGGACAAGCAGUUUUGGUUUUCGGUCUCCUCGUCUACGUCUUUCAUCCCCACCCUGCAAACCCGGGGCUCAUUCCUGGUCUUCCUCCACGAUACCAAUCCGCUCUUCGGCAAAUCAUUUUCUUUGCAACGAGCCUUUCUGCGGGCUGCUACCUCAUCUAUAUCACCAAUUCGUUCGGAUAUUUGGCCAUCAUGAAACGGGCGCCACCAUUAGGAUGCCUGUGGGUGUGGUCUGUUAUUGAGCUGGAGCUCCCGUGGGCGAUUCUCAGCCUCUCCGGGGCCGCGUCAUUUGUGUGGGCUAAGGGAUAUAGCAUCAAAUGA